AUGAAGAGGCGGCUGUGGUGGCGGAGGUUGCCAUGGCUACGGGCGGAGGCGGCGCUGCUCAGAACCGCCCCAGCUGCCGACCGCUCCGCACCAGCCAUGGAGGCCUGCGGCAUGAGCUUCAUCAAGUACCUCCUCUUCUUCUUCAACCUCGUCUUCGCUGUGAGUAAAUACACGAUGGCUCUAACUGUGUAUUGUGGUUAUUUGAUAAAUAUGAUCAUAUAA